GUUAUAAAAUGCUGGCCUACGAAAAUGCCAUCACCCUGCUUCGUUUGCACGAAGAGAAAUCAUGUCGAUCUCAGGAAUCCAAGGGCUGCCUCUGGAGGUCACUGUCGUCGGAUGCGUCAAUCUGAAAGACAAGGAAUGGAUCUCUAGGCAAGACCCUUACGUCUGCCUCGAAUGCGCUAGCUCCAAAUUCCGAACCAAAACAUGUACAGAUGGAGGCAAGAAUCCCAUCUUCCAGGAGAAAUUUGUGUUCACCCUCAUUGAAGGCCUGCGAGAAUUGAAUGUCAUGGUUUGGAAUAGCAACACUCUCUCUGCUGAUGACUUCAUUGGCACUGGAAGGAUUCAAUUGCACAAGGUUCUGUCUCAAGGCUAUGAUGACACUGCAUGGCCAAUUCAGGAUAAAUGUGGCAGGUACUCCGGUGAAGUGAGGCUCAUAUUGUACUAUUCGGCUACUAAUCAAUCAAAGACGAAAGCCAAACCAUCGGCUCCGCCGUGCGGAAUCCCGAACCCAACCAUGCCCGGCAUCCUGCCUUACCCCCAAACAACUGCAUCUCCUUAUCCAACCCCAUCACCAUACACCGCGGUGCCGGCAUAUCCUCCUGCUUCAACCACAUACCCGCCAUCUGCAUAUCCUCCCCCACCUACUUACUCGGCGUAUCCUCCCAGUUCGAGCACAUAUCCACCGCCUCCUGCCUACCCUCCUCCACCAGCCGGUUAUCCCACUUUCGCUCCUGCAGGUUAUCCUCCACAGUAUCCGCCCUGCGCUCCUGCAGGUUAUCCUCCACAGUAUCCGCCUCCAGCUGCGACCUGUUACCCUCCAGGUCCAGCAGCUGGAAUUUACCCGCCUCCGCCGUACUGAUCAGCAACUGGUCAACUCAGUUCAAAGAUAGACCUUGAUCAAUCGCGCAACAGCAAACUCCAUUAAAUUACUGGAAGCAUGUGAACGAUUUGCAUUUUCCUCUUUUCUUCUACUUUUCUUUCCCUUCAGUUUCGUCAAUUCAACUGAACUUUCGUGACAUGAUGAUCAAAUCUGUUCCCUUGGGCCAA